AGACGAAAAAUCUCAACCAGCCACAUUGGAUCGUGUCAUUUGGACGUUGCUCUUAAAAUAAUAAUUUUUCUCAGCGAUUUCAAAGACCUAAAGGAAUUUUAAAAAUCGUUUCCCCGAUUAGGACAAAGACAUAACAGCAAAGCCGUCUAAACGGUCAAUACAUUGGAGAAAUACCAGCGAAGCUGAAAUAUCUGCACAUCAUAACCGGAUAAACUUCGGGACCAAGCAUUGCCUACCAAGGAAUAAUACAGUAAGAACGAACAUUUUGAUUUACAGAUACUAACAUCACAACAGCGGUCGGAAAAAUUAACAGACAAUCUACCAUGUCUUCUAUGAAUCAGCGACUAAAACGUGAUAUGGGAUUUGAUAAUGAUUCGCGCAGAGAAGAUCGUAGACGACGCAGUCGCUCCCGUAGUCGCUCGCGUCAACGUCGUUACCGCCGCAAGAGUAAUGAUAGUCGCUCACGUAGUCGCAGUCGUUCCGUGGAAUAUCGUAGACGUCACGUAGACAGACGUACACGCAGUCGCAGCAGAAGUUUAAAUCGUCGGGAUAGAUACAACACCAGUCGACGACAUAGAGAUUCACGUAGCCGUACUCCUACACGUUCGCAUCGCAGCAAUAGGAGAGAUUCUCGUUCACGCAGUUCAGACAGAAAAACACGUGAUGGUGAACGUCGCCAUAAUUCUAAUGAAAACAAAACUUCUACGUCCAAUUCUGGGUCUAACAAUGGCUCCACAACAACACAACCGCAGCUAGAAAAUACAGAUUUGCAGCACCUACCGCUGCCGAAACGUGAACCUAUUGGUGCCUAUUACAAUCUUGAUACAGAUGAACCGAUCGAUAAAGAACGCAUACAUCGUGAAAUGGAAGAGAAAUUAAGACAAGCACUUGCUAAAGAAGGCAAAGUAUAUCCACCCAAAAAGCCAGAGGCGUCACAUCCCGUAUUCGCGAACGAUGGUUCAUUUUUGGAAAUUUUUAAGAAAAUGCAAGCGCAACAGAAUGCAACACCGGCAACAGUCCCUACCGCCGUGGCACCAAUACCGGCUGCACCUUUACUUGCAUCUACCUCAAAUGCUGCCGCCUAUAUUGCGGCUACAUCGACCGGGAAAUGUGCGCCGCCACCACCAAUUGUUGGACGUCGGCGUGGUGGAAAAAUUUUGAAAACUGGAGUUGUAGCGAAGCAAAAAGCUCAAGCUGAACAAAGUGAAGAUCCGAAAGAUUUCUGGUCACUGUAUUUAGCGGAAGUAAACAAAUAUAAGAAUCAUGCUUGCGAUUCCGACGGCGGCACUAGGCCCCUAGUUAAGUGAGCCUAAAUUCGCGUUGAACUGAACUUGAAUUGAAAUUCGUGCAUAUGCAUGUAUGCAUAUAUGUACAUACUUCGAGUUUCCCCCCAGCGUGACAAGAAUUCUGUGCAUAUACAUUACUUACGUUAAGAACUUUGAUUCCAACUGAAUUAUGAAUCAAUUCCAUUUCUACAACAAUCCUGUGAAUAAUUUUCUGAUUGCAUUAUACAUUUAGUGGCAAUUCUAGUUGUAAGUUUUCAUUUAUCAGUAGGUUAAGUGGUAAGAAUAGAACCUUUAAAACAAGGAAACAUUUAAAUGAUUGCCCCCUAAUUUUGCUGGCUAAGUACACUUAUUUACAUUUUUCGAGAAAAUGUUACAAAGCAGGAAUACA